UGCUAAUUGUGGAGGCAAAAACCGGAGGACCCAGAGAAAAAUCCAUACGACUACAGAGAGAACAAACUCCAACUAAAUGGGCGUCAAGGUCGGGAUCGAACCACGACCUGCUGAAUACCAGGCGAGGGAGUCAACAUCUCCUAGCCACCACGGCGCCCACACGCACACACGGAGUGGCUCAUGGCUCAGGGGGGCAACCGUGGUCCUUGCGUCUCCGCAGGAAUCAGUGGCCGGGAUCAGGGGUCACAUCACGGGCAAGUUCGCCCGUCUAAAGAAGGCUCUGGACGAGGACGAGAAGGAGGCUCUCCAACGCGUGGCCGUGAAGGAGCGCGAGCUGCUGUCCCGGAUAGACGAGGACAUCGCUCGUCACAAGCGGGAGAUCGGGGAGCUCCAGGUGGCGGCCGCUCGUCUACGCACCCUGCAGCACGAGAGGGACUCGCUCGCCUUCCUGCAGGGGCACCUGGAGGAGACGCGCAGGAGAGAGAUCCCAAAGGAAUCUGCACCCCCACCUCCCACUUCACUGGACUCCACCACGAUCCGCUCCCUUGAAAGGGCCAUGCGCAGACUCCUGCCUCUCGUCUAUGGACGCUCACCGACUCUGGACACAAACUCAUCGCACGACCGCCUCCAGAUUUCCUCGGAUCUCAGGACGGUGACGCAGAGCGGUGUCCCCCAGGGUCGCCCCCAUCACCCACACCGCUUUGCGUGCUGGCCACAAGCGCUGUGCUCUGAGAGCUUCUCGUCCGGUCAGCACUACUGGGAGGUGGACGUGGGGAGCACGAGGCAGUGUCAGGUUGGAGUCGCAUACGGGACGAUCCCACGGAGAGGGCGUGGUGCUGAGUGCCACCUGGGACUGAGUGACGUCUCCUGGUGUCUACAGAAAGAUGACGACAUCUUCUCAGUGCUGCAUGGCGGGGUAGUGACGGCACUGUCGGUGCCGCAGCCUCCGCGGAGAGUCGGGGUCCACCUGGACUGGGAUGCGGGGCUGCUGUCGUUUUACAGCGCCGACUCCAUGGCGCCAUUGCACUCGUUUCACCAAACAUUCACUCAGCCCCUUCACCCUGGGCUGUGGGUGGGGGACUCAGUGAGGAUUAUGGAUCUGAGUGGUGCUUCUUCAGAGAGGUGAACGUGAACAGCGCAGAGGGCAGACGCCACGACGCACGGCGCUCGCCACCCUCGUCAGUAAAGUCGUGAAGAAAAAAAAGAUAAAAAAAGAGAAAAAUGUAAUAAUAAACAUUAAAUUCAAAUUUAAAGCUAAAAACCGCAAACUCAUGACGUUUUGAUCGCAACGUAAGUGGUCGUCAUCAGUCAAGAAAAGUU